AUGGAAGCGGCUGUGGUGGAUGUAGGCUCUAAGCUUCUCAAAGCCGGUUUUGCAAUUCCUGACCAGACUCCUGCCAUGAUAAUUCCCACCAAAAUGAAACAACUGCUUGAUGAUGGAUCAGCUACUGAUAAUUCACUGGCUGACAGUGUCACCGUUGACCCAGUUGUGCGGGGAUUUAUUAGAGAUUGGGACGCCAUUGAGGAUUUGUUGCACCAUGUUUUAUAUACUGGCCUGGGAUGGGAAAUUGGCAAUGAAGGUCAAAUACUCUUUACAGAUCCACUUUAUACCCCAAAGGCCAACAAAGAACAGUUGGUGCAAUUAAUGUUUGAAACAUUCAACAUAUCAGGGUUUUAUGCUUCAGAACAAGCAGUGUUAUCACUGUAUGCUGUGGGACGUAUCUCAGGCUGCACUGUUGAUAUUGGACAUGGAAAAAUAGAUAUUGCACCAGUAAUUGAGGGUGCUGUUCACCAUAUUGCCUCAAGAAGAUUUGAAUUUGGAGGUAUUGAUCUAACUAAUUUCCUGGCUGAAGAACUUGGCAAGUCCAAUCCACAAGUAAAUAUCAGUAUGUCUGAUGUGGAGAAAAUAAAAGAGCUGUACUCAUGCUGUGCUGUAGAUGAGUUAGCUUAUCAGAAGACUAAAUAUUUUUGUCCUGUGGAGGAGCAUACCCUUCCUGAUGGACAGGUGAUAACAAUUGGGAGAGAAAGAUAUACGGUUGGGGAAGCUUUAUUCCAGCCGUGUCUAUUGGGUGUAGAGGCUCAUGGCAUUGUUGAUCAGCUUGUCCGUGCUAUUUCAACUGUGUCAUCUGAUAAUCAACGACAACUGCUGGAAAAUACAGUGGUUUGUGGUGGCACGGCUUCUAUGAUAGGUUUUGAAGAGCGAUUUCAGAAAGAAUCUAGCUUAAGUUCAUCUGCUGUUCAACCUACCCUCGUUAAGCCUCCAGAAUACAUGCCAGAAAAUUUAACCAUGUAUUCUGCAUGGGUUGGAGGUGCAAUACUUGCCAAAGUGGUUUUCCCUCAAAAUCAGCAUAUAACCAAGGCAGACUAUGAUGAAACCGGACCUUCCAUUGUUCACCGGAAAUGCUUCUGA